AACGCCUCUGUGUGCGACCGUCACCGUGUAUUAUAAUGAUUGAAAACGAUAUUUAAUUUUGGUGUAUUGGUGAUGCCUAUUUGGUAUUUGAGCCCAAGGCUGCAUAUUGAGAUUAUUAGCAAAUAAUGAUUUCUCUUUUACUUUCUAAGCGGCUUUGAAUUGAUACUGAAUUGGAGUUCAACUUUGAGUUGGCUCACGGACCAGUCCUGAGAGUCGGCAGCGAUGGGCACGGACGUGGCAUCGGAGCCGCGCCGCCGGAGCGCGCUCUUCACGUCGCCGGCGAUGCGGCGCAGCCUGUCGGCGGCGGCGGCCGGCUCGGCGGGCAAACGGUCGCCGCAGGGCCGGCGCAGCAGCCGCGGCGCCGCGCCGGAGGUGGAGCCCUUCGACAUUCCGCAGCACGAUGAGGAGGCGGAGCGGCGCCAGGAGCAGCAGCAGCAGGCGGCCGCCGACCGGCGCCGCUCGCUGCCCGGCAUCGCCGGCCUCAGCCACGGCCAGCUGGCGGCCCACUAUGCCAGCUGCGUCAAACUCAGCGCCGAAAACAAAAUCAACACCAAGAACGCCUUCAGCCUGCAGCUCAUCGACUGCAUGGCACAGAUGAUGCGACAGAAGAAGUCGGACCUGGAUAACUUUCAGGUGGCCAGCUACACCCUGGAUGCCUCGGCCAAGAUCUACGGCUACCGCGUGGAGGCGCUGCACGGGGAGACGCUGCGCAUGGCCGGCGGGCUGGGCCGAGCCGACGGAAAACCCAAGGAGGACGGCGACGCGCCGGCCGGGGACGACGGGGCCGCGCCCGGCGCCGACAAACGACGCAGAAAGACGCGUCGUAUGGCCACGGUGCGCAGUAACCUGGCGGCGAUCACGGGCCGGUCGGGCGGCGCGGCGGCCGUCGCCGGCGCCGGCCGGACGCCCUGGGCAGCCGCCGAGGACGGCCGACCCGGCUGCGCCGCCUUCCUCAGCCUGCUCUGGACCCGGGACGACGGCCAGGAGCUGAUGGUGGACGGCGAGGGUCGUCCGGCCGCCGCCACCGCCGCGCCGGAGCCGCCCGAGCAGCAGCCGCCCGCCGUCACCGUGCCCGCGGCGGAGGAGCGGGUGCUGUGCCCGCCCCUGGAGAGGUUCUCCUUCACCUCUUGGAGCGUGGAUCAGGAGCAGGAUAACGAGCGGAUGGAGAUGCCGCCGCCGCCCGCGCCGCCGCCAGCCGACCCUCGACACAGGUUCGAUAUGAACGCCCCGCCGCACAGCCCCAUAGCCGAGGAGGAUCCCAUGUUUGGAGCGCCGGGUCGGUCAUUGCUGCUCGGAACGGUGCCAGACACGAACCGCAAUCAGCACUGCGGAGUUGGUGACUGGCUUUGCGUGGGAAACUCAGGGAUGGAUGACGACUGCGAUGACGGCGCCGACGGCGGCGGCGGCGGCGACACGCUGGUGACGGUCGGCGGCGCCGGCUGCCGGCCCGCCGAGCGGCCCACCCUCGUCAGCAUGGUGUCCGCGGUGCCGCAGGAGUACAGCUACUUUGACCAGCCGCGCCUGCUGGCCUGGGCCGGACCGCGGCACUGGAAGCCGCGUCUGCCCGCCGGAGCCGCGCGGCCAACCGCUCCCGCCGAGCCGGGCCGCCGCCGCCGGCGCAAAGAGAUCGAGCCGUUCGACUACGACGUGGAGGUGGACUGGAAGGCGGCCUUUGCCGUGCCCAAGAAGGCCACCCAGCUCAAACAGGCCACCAUGAAAAAAUGGAGUGACGAGAAGACCACGCUGCCCGAGGACCUGCACUACGACGUGGCCAGCCUCUUCAAGUUAUUCCUGCGCCCGGACAUGCGUAUCGUACGGGACCUGGCGGCGGCUGCCGACUCCCAGUCUCAGGUGGACCUGGAUGGCAGCGUGGCCGACUACGACUACGAUAACGACAGGGAUACGGCCGACUACUGUCCCGAUGUACCGCUCAGUGAGGGCUGCGACGACUACGACCAGGAGGCGACGUUCCUGCCGUCGGGCGGCGCGUGUGACGCCAGUGAGCUGCUCUCGUCCACACAGGUGGUACUGGACACACCGGGCGGACUGCUCAUCGGGGACAACCUCGUGCAGGCGCCGAAAAAGGUGGAGAGGAUCCUCAUUCCGUACGCUCGGACGGCCAAGAAGAUGGACAUGCGGAAGCUGAAGGCGGCCAUGUGGGAGAUCCUGGCGGACAGAGGAAAUGACGACAAGGAGAACGCCACCACUCCGUCCCGUAGCGUGCUGAAGGAGGCGGUGAUGCCGCCCGGGCGCGACUACAGCUUCCGAGAGCUGUACCACCGUCUGCCCAGCCACAUGUCGACCAAGAUGGCGGAUAACCUGAGCGUGGCGCUGGCGUUCACCGCUCUGCUGCACACGGCCAACGAGAGGUGUCUGAGGAUCACCGGCACGCGCCGGAUGGAGGACUUCUUCAUAGCGCAGGACACGCCGUGAGAGAGUCGGCCAGUGUCGGGUGGAGUUUCGGGAGGAGUUGCGUUGUAAGUUACGGUCGGGGUGGGGGUGGGGGGUUCCGAUGUGUGAACGGGAGAUGCGAGAUGGGUGGAUGUACAAAGGGAGAUGGUUAGGUUCGUAUGUAUAAGCGAAUGUCUGUAUUGUAAGUUGUCGGUAGUGUAGCAUACCGUACUGGGUUUUCGGUCGGUGGUGUCGCUACACGGCCUCUCGCCGAGCAGUGCCUGUCUGUCGUCGAGUGUCCGCUCUCCAAAUGUACAGUCUUCCAUCUCCAGCCGGCCCGGCGGACGGACACAGACCGAUCGACACGGUGUUCAGUUAUAUUAUCCCCGCGACCGCGGCCGCCGGGGCAUCAUUGACAGUGAGGCCGUAAGACGGCGCUAGCGUUCACACUCAUCAUCACACUCAUAUUCAGAUUCCCCGACCCCUGGUUUUUGUUGGGUCGGCGUUUGUAUGCACUAACAAGCAACAGACCUUUUAACACGAUGGGCGCGCCGCAGUAGAGGUUUUAGUCGCGCUCGUGUAUCGCAGUAUAGUAUAUAUUCUCUCGCUCACUAACCGCUCGACGGUGCGGCGGACGAGUACAGCCUCCGCCAGGGAAAGACGCUGCGUGUACAGUGCUGGCGUGUCCUCCUUCCGCGUCUCUGCUUUGUCCAUCACCGACGGGCCGCCCUACCCACCGUUGGCCGUUCGUUUUCGCCUCACGGCAUUCCAGCGGGCCUCAGACCGACCCCCGGCGAAUACACGAGCUGCCCGUA